CUUUGUGCGACGUAACUUCCUGCGUGAGCAACAAAGAGUCGCGGCGAGGAGGCUGGGGAGACCGGGAGUGAGGUAGAACGGGGCUUUGGGAAUACCUAGGUUUUAUGGAAGUAGUCUAACAUAAUCUGCAAAAAUGUCAAAGCGCCCAUCCUAUGCUCCACCCCCAGCUCCAGCCCCCACCACACAAAUGCCCAGCACACCAGGGUUUGUGGGAUACAAUCCAUACAGCCAUCUUGCCUACAACAACUACAGGCUGGGAGGGAACCCAGGCAGCAACAGCAGGGCCACGGCUUCAUCAGGGAUUACAAUCCCCAAACCCCCGAAACCUCCAGACAAGCCACUAAUGCCUUAUAUGAGAUACAGCAGAAAGGUCUGGGACCAAGUGAAGGCUUCCAACCCUGACCUUAAGUUGUGGGAGAUUGGCAAGAUCAUUGGUGGGAUGUGGCGUGACCUAACCGAUGAGGAGAAGCAAGAGUACUUGAACGAAUAUGAAGCUGAAAAGAUUGAAUACAACGAGUCAAUGAAGACUUAUCACAAUUCACCUGCUUAUCUUGCCUACAUCAAUGCCAAAAGUAGAGCUGAGGCUGCCCUAGAGGAAGAAAGUCGCCAACGGCAGUCUCGCAUUGAUAAGGGAGAACCAUAUAUGAGCAUCCAGCCAGCAGAAGAUCCUGAUGAUUAUGAUGAUGGCUUUUCCAUGAAGCACUCAGCUGCAGCCCGUUUCCAAAGGAACCACCGUCUGAUCAGCGAAAUCCUGAGUGAAAGUGUAGUGCCUGAUGUCAGAUCAGUCGUCACAACAGCCAGAAUGCAGGUUCUCAAAAGACAAGUGCAGUCACUGAUGGUCCAUCAGCGCAAGCUGGAAGCUGAGCUAUUGCAGAUAGAAGAUCGUCAUCAGGACAAAAAGAGAAAGUUCUUGGAAAGCACAGAAUCCUUCAACAAUGAAUUAAAACGGCUUUGUAACUUGAAGGUGGAGGUAGAUAUGGAAAAGAUUGCAGCAGAAAUUGCACAGGCAGAGGAGCAGGCACGUAAACGUCAGGAGGAACGUGAUAAGGAGGCAGCAGAGCAAGCCGAACGUAACCAAAUUGCUGCUGCUGCCGCCGCCGCUUCUGCAGCAGCUACUGCUGCUGCUGUUGCUGCUGUUGCUGCUGAAGAAGAACCAGAAGCUGCAAAGUCUGAGGAAAAGAAUGAGGAGGAAGAGGCCUCUAUGGAGACAGAAGAUGCACCUUCACUACCCCCUCCAGAAGAGACUAGUGAGACCCAGCAGAAUGGAGAAGAGGGCACACUGACCCCAGAGGAUAAGGAGAGUGGGCAAGAAGCUGUGGACAGCACCCUGGAUGAAGGUACAAGCGACAGCAACACAGGGUCAGAGAGCAACAGUGGUACUGUGGAGGAGCCCACUCCAGAUCCUAUAACAGAGGAAGGAGAUAGAAAGGACUAAGCUCCAGAUCCCUUACAGAUGUGUUUUUGUGUUGUCAUCUGUGCCACUCAUGCAUGGGGAAAGGAGCCUCAAGCCAUUCCAAAACUGUCAGACAAGCAAGACAUGUAGGAUGUAUACUUAAUGACUUUUGUUUUUGUGGUCAGCAUUGGUGGUUGCAAUCCUAAAUGGAUGAAAGGGUUUACACUGUUAGGCUCUAGAAUGGUAAUAAAGCAGUAGUAAAUCCCCAUUUGUGAUUUUAUCCGAGUCAGGGAAGCAGCCAACAGGAAUGAGACCUUUGUAGCUACAGUUAUGUGGCUGUAAAUGAGAACUUUAUACUCUUUAAAGCCAGCUGUAUGUGUUAGCAAAAGUCCUGUGUUUUUUUUUUUUUUUUUUUUUUUUAAUAACCUUGGUUCAAAUAAAGACACUUCUAAAAACCC